AGAGAAAUUUCUGUUUCAAUUUGAGAAAUUUGAUGAUUCGUCACGAAGAACUGUGGAAUUUCGUCAGUCAACUUAAUACUAAAUUUAGUUAUCCUAGUGUAGUUAUUUAUCUCGGUCUUAUAUGUUCAACCAGUUUUUCUUAUUAUGCAUUCUCAUUUAUAGAUGUAAAUGAUGCAAUUAGAUUAGGAUUUCUAAUAAUAGUUGUCUUCUUCACCUUCACUUGUAUUAUUGGAGCUUGUUUGUUGUGCAGUUUUGCUUUCUCGAUGCAAAAUGGCUUUCAAGAUGUCCGACAAUUUGCUGUCAGCAAUUUACAUUUUGAAGAAAAGUUAAAAAUCUUAAAUUUCAUGAAGAGAUUUGGGAAAGUGUCGUUGUGUUUCAUGAUCGGUGGUAUUUAUCCGGUUACGAAAAGAAUUCCUUUCAAAGUUGCGAGUAAUUUACAUUCUUUCUUUUCGGCAUUUAUGAAACUAAAAGGAAUAUCGAAAGAAGAAAAAGUCUGCACCAAUACAACAAACUUGCACUGAGUCGUAAAAAUUCGCCCUUUAAGUAUUGCAUUUAUGUAUCAAUAUUUUAAAAAUUGA